AUGCAGUCAAGGACGUUUGCAUCAGUUUCUGUGUUCAACUUCUGGCAAAAUGGGUUUGUAUCCGAACUGACUGAUAUUCCAAGUGUUGAGAGCAGUGUUCCACGUUCCAGAGGACUCUUGCAAGCAGAAGACCUCACAUCUGAUCCGGUGGCAGAAACGGUUCAUUAUUUCUGGUGCCAGAAGAAAACGUUUCAGUUUCAGCAUUAUGUGAGUGUGCUUAGUGUUGUGAAAGCUCUCGAACCGUUAUCAAUCGUUAUCCAUUACUCAUCAAAACCCCGGACUUCCUUGUAUUAUACUUGGCUUGGCGAUCUAGUCGAGGCCCUUCCAAACAUUGUUCUUGAUGACUUGGCACCAAGAAUUGCUCAUUAUGUCAUGUACGACUCAAGAAAAUUUGAGUUCUCUCAUUACCUAAGUGUACUUAGUUGCCUCCAUGUUGCUGGCUUGGAACGGGUGGUAUUGCAUGGCAAUGUGGAACCAUCAAGUCAGUGGUGGAAGCAUUUAAGGGUUGAGGAGAACGUUACUUUCUCUUACACCGACCCAACAAACCAAAUCUACGGCCAAAACAUAACUCAAUUCCCACAACAUAAAUCGGACAUCACUAAAUUUUACGUCUUACUCAAAUACGGCGGCAUAAGCGUAGACCCUGAUGUGUAUUGGGUCAAUAGAAUUCCUGAUGACAUCCUUUCAUAUGACGCCGUGUUGUCCAAAGACUGGCUGAAGAGAUUGGACUGGCCAGAUACCCUUAAUAUAGGUGUCUUCAUUGCAAAACCUAAUACGCAGUUCCUGUAUAACUUUCUCCGGGCUUAUAGGAGGAACUAUCGACCCUAUCUGUAUAUUUAUAACGGGGGGUGUGUGCCCUAUAAGGUGUAUGAGAAAUAUCCCCAGUCUCUCCACGUGGAUCCUCAUUUACAAGUCUUGACCUUUGGACCGACGUAUCAUCCAACAUGGCGGUCUGGGUAUUUGCAUGACAGUUCCGGAAAUAUGGGAAAUAACUCUUUUGAUUGGCGGAAAGACACGUUAGCUGUGCACGUGACCGACCCGAAGCCGGCUUCCGAGUUUGAGGGUGUGGUGAGACUUAAAAGAGCUGAAGGGAUGUUUGCUGACAUUGGUCGGUAUAUUAUAAAAAAGGCUUUAAAAGAAGACAUGUUUGGCCCAAGAUAAGGUUCAUCUUACGCUAUGACCACAUGAACACUUCAAGCGACUUGUGGGUAUUCUGAGGUCACUGUGUUUCAUGCUUGUCAACUACAGUGAGGACUGCAGGGUCAGACUGUGUGACGCUGAUUGAAUGCGUAUCAUAGGACCCCGACAGCGUGGAUCGUUGGUCUUGAUUUCAGUCUGCCAUGAUCCAUCUAGAAAGUUGCGAACUGCGACGUUAAACAAAACUGAC